AUGACACAAGCAUCGCAGAAGCCGGUUAUCGUGGUUGGGUCCGGCCUAGCCGGGCUGUCUGCAGCCUACGAAGCGCUCAAGGCCGGCGCGACAGUGCGGAUGCUGGACCGCGCACCCAAACCCGGCGGCAACAGCAUCAAGGCGUCGUCUGGCAUCAAUGGAGCCGGAACCCAGCACCAGCGAAUAGCUGGUAUCACGGAAGAUGCACUCUUCUAUGACGACACAGUGCGCUCGGCUGGACAGAGGUUCAGCAGUGCAGGGAGCAGCUCAGUGGUCGACAGGAAGGCAUUGGUAUCUUUACUCACAAGCCGCUCUUGCAGCGCGGUAGACUGGCUGGUAGAGGAGUUCGGUAUCGACCUGGGCGUCGUUGCGCCUCUCGGGGGCCAUUCCAUCGCGCGGACGCACCGUGGAGCCAAGGGAACGCCUGGGUUCUCGAUCGUCAGCGCUCUCCUCAAGAAGCUGGGCGACAGUCCUGAAUUUCAGCUCACGAACGCAGCUGAAGUCUUGUCUCUGAUCACAAAUCAAAACGGUGCCGUAAGCGGUGUGCGCUACACCCAUGAAGGUGAGACACAUGAACUUCAAGGCGCUAUCGUCUUCGCCGCAGGGGGGUUUGCUGGAGAUGCAAAGGGCUUGCUAGCCAAGUACCGGCCAGAUCUCACUGGGCUGCCGUCGACGAACGAUGACAGACCUGGGGCGCACGGCAUUCUAGAGGAGAUCGGUGCAGAGUUUGUGGACAUGGAUAGUGUUCAAGUCCAUCCGACAGGAUUCGUGGAUCCAAAGGAACCUGAGGCAAGGUACAAGUUCCUAGCCGCCGAAGCUUUGCGUGGCGAGGGUGGCAUCUUGUUAUCACAUGAAGGAAAGCGCUUUGUCAACGAACUUGGAACCAGGGCACACGUCAGCGAUGCAAUCAUGAAGAUGCCUCGUCCGAGCAGCAAGAAUAGCCGCCAGUGGGACGUGACGCUCCUCUUGGACCCUGGCGCAUGCGAGGCUGCCCAAGGACAUUUAGGGUUCUAUAUAUUCAAGGGACUGAUGGAGAAGAAGAAAGUCAAGGAUCUCGAACCAACUGUUAUCCAGGCAGUGGACGAUUAUGCGAGGGCCGUGGCAUCCGGUGCAGAUACCGCUUUCGGGAGAAAGUCGUUCGGCCAUUGGACGCUGCAAGCCGGGGAGGGCAAUCGGGAAGCAGAGGUCUGCAUAGGCAGAGUGACACCUAUUACGCAUUUCACUAUGGGUGGCGCAGCUUUCAAUGAAGCAGCUCAGGUCUUGAGAAUGGAUAAGACACCUAUCAAAGGACUUUGGGCGGCGGGCGAGAUUACCGGAGGCAUUCAUGGAGACAAUCGCCUGGGUGGGUCGUCUUUGCUGGAGUGUGUAGUAUUUGGAAGAGUCGCUGGGUCGCAGGCUGCGAAGGCAGUGGUGGGAGUCUAA